AGAGCAGAGAUAACCCAAGAGGGCAGAGGAAUUCGAGUUGAGGGCUGUGGUGCAACGAUGAUGGCAACAGGAAGGAGGCCAGCAUGGGAGCAGCUUUCAAGGGAGUAUGAGCAGGACCGACCAUGUGAGCCCUUGUGCAACAGCACCAGUCUAGACAGGCAAGAGAGACUACAGGCCAGAGAGGGACGAGGUCUCAUC